GGUGUGGUCCAUUUGACCUUUGGAUCUGCCUCAUUUUUGGAAUCAUGCCUUAAAAUGAGCUGAAAAAAUGUAUGGACGGCGUGGAUAAAAUACAUCAUGGUCAGGCGGGCCAUACGGUCUACACCUUAAAGCCAACGACCAACCCACACAUGGUAGAAAACCGAUAGUAGGGCUGAAAGUCGGGCGAGUUGGGUCAGGUUGGUGCUCAACCCCAGCCCAAACCAAGGUUCCUAUACCUUAACCAUAACCUAACCCAACCCAGCCUCGGGUUGGGAAUUCUCAACCCAAGCCCAACCCAAGCGGGCUCGGUCGGGGAAUCAGGUUGGCCGGGUGGACACAUGCUAAUAUUUUCAUUAUUACAUUAGUCUAUUAUAUUUCAAUACAUACUUAUUUUUUGUACCUAUGAUUUUAUUAAUUAUAUACGUAGUUAUUUAUAGCAAGGAAUCUCAUUUUUUUCUAAACAAACAAGCCAAAAGAUAGGACAAUUACUUUAAAAGUCGUGUUGUGUGACACACAAUCUAUUUAGGAUAAAGAAAUCUAACGUAUCUUAUUAGCUUGAGUCAUCAGAAAUGACGUAGACCAGUGAAACUUGACAGCACUAGAAUUUUCUGUGCCUUCGUCACAAACGAUCCACACUCGAUUAUAAUUUACAAAUAAAUUACAUAUUGAGCGGGUUCGGGUUGGGUUGGGCAACCCAAUACCUCAACCCGAGCCCAACCCAAGUUUUAUCGGGUUGGUGUUUAUAUAGCCCAAGCUUGAGACUGGGCUCGAUACAUCUUGCCCGAGCCCAACCCAAUGCCCGGUCGGUCGGGUUGAGCCCGUCCAACUUUCAGCCCUAAUUGAGAUCCAUCUCAUCUCAUCAGACCUUCCAUUUUUCGUUGCAGCAAUGGCUUGGGUCGAGUUCCGCUCUCUCCUCCUAAUUUCUGCUCUCUUUCGCGUUCUCCUAAUAUUCUACGGAGAAUGGCAAGAUAGCCACAUGGAGGUCCGAUACACCGAUAUCGACUACGUCGUCUUCUCUGAUGCCGCUUCUCUCGUUGCCUCAGGAAAAUCCCCCUACGACCGCUCCACGUAUCGAUACUCGCCACUCCUUGCGUUCCUGCUCGUGCCCAAUUCAAUAUUCCAUCCCUCAUGGGGGAAAUUCGUCUUCUCCGCUUCCGAUUUGCUCGUGGGUUUGUUUAUGCAUACCAUCUUGAAGCUACGUCGUGUUCCUGAGAAGCUACGACUUUAUACAGUGGCAGCUUGGCUCUUCAAUCCAUUCACCUUCACUAUUGGCACCCGAGGAAACUGUGAGCCUAUAGUCUGUGCCAUGGUUCUGUGGGUCAUAAUUUCUCUUAUGAAUGGUAACAUAUUGGAAGCAGCAUUUUGGUAUGGGCUUCUCGUCCAUUUUAGAAUCUAUCCCAUCAUCUAUUCUCUUCCUAUCAUCUUAGUUCUUGAACCCCGUUACUUCCGAUCUGGUCAGAAGCCGACCCUUGGGAAUUGGAGUCUUGGACAACAAAAAUUAUCCGAAGGUUCAAAUAUAAAAACAGUUAAUCCACCAAAGGCAUUCAGGAGGCUGUUAUGUUAUCCAUGGAUUUUUUUCAAAAGCAUGUUAACAAGGGAAAGAAUACUGUUUGGGUUCAUCUCUGGGGCUGUCUUCUUCUCUUGGACUGCUUUAUUCUUCUAUCUCUAUGGAUGGGAGUUCUUGAAUGAGGCGUUGCUAUAUCAUCUAACACGUACUGAUCCAAGGCAUAACUUCUCGAUCUAUUUCUACCACAUCUAUCUUCAUCAUGAACACGGAUUCUCAGUGGUUGAGAAGCUCAUCUCUUUCUUGCCUCAGCUGAUGGUGCAGCUGGUUCUCUCCUUCAGUUUUGCGCAAGACCUCCCAUUCUGUCUUUUUGUGCAGACAGUCGCAUUCGUGGCAUUCAAUAAGGUCAUCACAGCGCAGUACUUUGUAUGGUUCUUCUGUCUGUUGCCUCUAAUUCUUCCAUGGAGCAAUAUGAAGCUUAAAUGGAAAGGUUCAGCUUGCAUCUUGUUGUGGGUGGGAGCUCAAAUCCAUUGGCUGAUGUGGGGUUAUCUUCUGGAGUUCAAAGGCAAGAAUGUCUUUAUUCAACUAUGGUUGGCAAGCAUCCUCUUCUUGGCUGCAAAUACAUGGGUUGUUAUCAUGGUUAUCAGACACCACAGAUUCUCAACGAUCUUCAUCCAAUCAAUGGUCACUAAUUCCACUGAUACUAGAAAAAUUGAGUAAGGGGGCUCAUUUUUUGUUUUUUGGUUUUUGUUUUCUCCUAGUUUUCUUGAAAUGUGAGCUUUCUGUCCCUUUCAUGUGGCAUGCAUGUACAAGAUCCUGACCAUCAUCUGGGUCAUAAAAAUACAGCUUUCCUAUUGAUCUUAACUGCCGAUUGGAGGACUUUUGCUCCCAUUGAGCAUCAGUUCUUGGUUGGAAUUUUACCUCUGCAAUAAUCAGAAGUUCUCUGAUGGGCACUGGAUUUUCUGGCAGUGUAUUUUUGGGUUUGGUGCAUCAAUGGUAGCAGAUGAAAGGUCCAGAUCUCAUGCAUGUGUGCUAUGUGAAUGGAGAUAGAAUGUGUGAUAACUAACAGCAGAUAGGCCGUUGCUGUUCUCUUUAACGUGGGUUAGUUGAGAAGCAACUGGGACAUUUUUCAUGCGGCUUUGGGAAGUUGAGAAGCAGCUGUUUUUUUUUUUUUUUUUUCAUUUUAUGUAGUAGCUAAUAUGUACCUCCAAUUGAGUAAUUUUCCAAUUUGAACUUGGUGAACUUCUGUUGUA